CCCGUUUCGGACCAUCACUACAAAUGUUAUUUUCGUAGAAAGGUGAUGUGAGUGGUAACAGCUUAAGAAAACUGUUUUAUUUCAGUGAUAUAUAGGAGUGAAAACCAUCAAAAACGUGUCACAAAAGAAAGAUAAAGCUUCAGCCGUUCUAGUUAAGGCAAGCGUACUAGAGCGUUCUUUUGGAAGGUUUUCGAAUCAUCCUCCUGGCAAACCGGAUUAACUCAGGUGGCAACGUGUCGUGUAGCAUCGCCGUGCCCGUGCGAUGCAUGUAGGUGAAACAGCCGUAAGUAGGAUUAUGAACUCGCAAGAUCAAUCAUUGAGUCAGCAAGCUGCUUGGAUGGCAGCUGCUCAAGCAGUCCAGCAGCAGCAGUCCGCUGCAGCUGGGGGAUACCCGGGACAGUACGGGAUGAAUCAGCAACAGCAGCAGCAAUAUGCACAGUUUUACGCACUGUACCAGCAGCUGCAGUACAACAACUCCGGCGGAGGCCCCAUGCAGGGCGCUAUGGGAUCGGGAGCUUUCGGCGCAGCAAACAGUAACAAGAGCGGUAACAAUGUCGGUGGCAACAUGAACAAUUCUUCGUCCGGAUUUGCUUCUGGUCCGAUGUCCGAUAACAGCAACGCGAGUGGUUUGGGAAAUCCUGGCAUUGGCAUGACGGGCAACAACUUUUUCAGCUCUCCUCAGCAACCAAAUCAGCCGCAACAGCAACAAUCCGGUAACGAUGCGAUGGGUUUUAACAAGCAGGCACCGAGUCAGUUUGGGCCGAUUCGGUUUAACAUAAAUAAGCAUCCGCAACGGGUGAGCCCGAUCGUUGCCAGUAAUCCGCUCGCACAGGCCAGCCAAAUACACGCGCAACAGCAACAGCAGCACAUGCAGCAGCAGCAGCAUCAGCAGAUGAUGGCUGCUUUUCAAAAUCAGGCCGGUGGUGCAGGCGGCAAGAAAAAGCGCAAGAAAAACAAAAACAACGGUAUGAACAACAGCAACCAGCACGGAAAUGGAAAUGGUGGUAAUAUUUUUAUGAAUGGUGGUGUUGUUGGUUCAACAACGACCAACAUUCCCCCGUUAAUGCCAGCCGGUUCGCUACCGGUUUCGCCCGGCAACGCAGCGGCCAACUUUCCUACGCCUCCGCCCGAUCUAAGCAAACCACCUCCGCCGCUACCCUCUGUGCCAUCGCAGAUGCCCGGUGGAAUCAGCCUGUUGCCGCAACCACAGGCCCCAACGCCACCGGUUGUGGGUAGCGCCAAAAAGCCCGAUCCAUUUCACAAUCCAACCGAUGAUUGGCCGCAAAGCUUGAACAAUUUCGUGGCGAGAUGUUACGCGAAAUGCAAGACAGAUUUUGAUAAGGAUCAGAUCGAUAUCUGCCUAAAGGGCCGCAUUACGGCCGCCGCUAACAAGGGUGAAUUGUGGACGAAAGACUGGGAUAACGAGCCAGUGCCGAGUGUGCACAGCGAGCGCAACCAGCAGGUACUGUUGCCGAACAUGAACUCCAGCGUGCUGGGUAUGGCUUCCAACAAGAGUGGCAAGGGAAUUGGCAGUAUCACUCCAUACCAGAGUCCGCUCGGGAAUGUUAAGGGCGGUGGUGGCGGCCAACAGCUGCAGCCACCCUUCGGUGGCAAGAAGCAAUCGCCGAACGCUGGUCUUUCUCCAUCGAUCGGUAACAGACUAGGCGUGAAAUCGGGCAACUCUUCUUCCGCUGGCAGAAAAAUGCGUCCGUCGCGUUCGCGGUCUCGUUCGCCCAGUCGGUACAGUAGCAGUGGCAGUCGUAAUCGUCGCAGCCGUUCGUCUAGUGACGAUUCACGUUCGCCGCGCCGUAAAAAUCGUCGAUCGUCGAGCAGUAGCGAUAACGACAGCCGUGGCGGUGCCUACUCAAACAAAUCUGCUGCCGGCAAGGGUAACAACAAGCAGCAACAGAAGCACAAAAAUCAGAAAAAUCAGCUAAACAACAAGCAAAAUCAACGUAACAACAAUAAGUCGCAUGGUGGAUUCUACUCCGAGCACGGCCAGAUCGGUGGUGCGGUGGAGGGUGAUUUAGAGCAGCUGAAAAAGCGUGCUGCUCGGUUCAACAGCCAGGGCGGCAAAAAGGUUCCACCGGUUGUUGCGUCGAACAUUGUGUCACCGUUCGGUGGCGGUGGUGGUAAGAAGGAUCGUCGGCAGACAAUGCCAACGGCUUCUCGCAUUUUCAUGGACGACGCAUCGGGCGACCGGUACAACAACGAGGACGAUGAGGUAGAUCUGUUCGAUCUACAUAUCGUCGGUACGUGUCGCGAUUUGGAAAAGAGCUUUUUGCGCUUAACGAAAGCACCGGCCCCGUCCGAGGUGCGCCCGGUGGAGGUGUUGCGCCAUUCGCUGCAGAACGUCAAGAAGAGAUGGGUCGAAAAACAGGACUAUUUCUAUGCCUGUGAUCAGUUAAAAUCCAUCAGACAGGAUUUGACGGUACAAGGUAUUCGGGAUGCAUUCACCGUGCAGGUAUACGAAACACAUGCCCGUAUUGCGAUGGAAAAGGGUGACCACGAAGAGUUCAACCAGUGCCAGACGCAACUGAAAAUGCUGUACACUGAUGUGGGUGGAGAAAAUGCGCUCGAGUUUACCGCGUACCGAAUCCUGUACUAUAUCUUCACCAAAAACACGCUGGAUUUGACCACCAUUCUCAAGUCUUUGACGGCAGUGGAUAAGGAGAGUGACAUUGUAGGGUUUGCGCUCCGGCUUCGAUCUGCCUGGGCAUUGAGUAAUUAUAGCACUUUCUUCAAGCUCUAUCGCGAAGCGCCAUUGAUGGCAGGUUAUUUGAUCGAUUGGUUCAUCGAGCGCGAACGCAAACUAGCACUCAAGUCCAUUAUCAAAGCGUACGUAUGCAAAACACAUGCGGGGUGGGAUUAUUGGUGGGCGUGGGUUGUUGGGAACAGGGAAGCAGGUUUUACAGGUGGUGCGGGCAGAGUUUACGACGGGUACAAUUUAUUUAGCCUUUGGUGGACGAUCUUUCGGGACAUCGCCGUGUAUGCUUUUAGACUGUUGGUUGUGUUCGUGAUUGUCCUGCAGAAGCGCUCUCCUUUCGAGCGUCACAGCAUCCAGUGCCAUCGUCGCCAUCACAUUUCUCGUUUUAGCAUCAUUUUUUCUUACUCUCUCUCACACACUCAUUCAAAAGUUUUUAGCCGAAUAAUCCAUUUAACGAUUUCGAUUGUGUUUAGUUACCGUCCCAAUAUACCGGUGGAAAUGGUCAGCCAAACGCUGGCAUUCGACAGCGAGGAGAAGUGUGGCGAGUGGUUAGAGUCGUUAGAAAUUAUCAUGGCUACCGUACCAGUGCCCGCGACCAAACCGACGUCGGCGGACGGAUCUGCGGAAUCGAGUGCUGCUGCUACUGCUGCUGCUGGUGCUGCUGAUGCGGAAUGGAAAAGUGUAACAAGUGCUAUGAGAAAAGUGAUCGACUGCAAGCUAUGCAUGAACGUGCUGGCCAAUUUCUAAGCUCUUUCACUAUGCAAGCGGAACCAAAACAUGCCUAGCGGAGAUGUAGCUAUGGUUGCUAAGCAACGGCCGCCUUCGGCACCAUGUUGGAUCGUCGUAUUGCUUUGCACGAGAUGUACGAGAAAAUCUGUGGCUCAAGGCAUGAUUGCCUAGCUGCUGCUGGCCUCUUCCCCUCUGUCGUCUGUCUUCCUUCGGUGGCUCUCGCUUUGUUGGCGUCGUGUUCUAUCCCUGCAAAGCGCUGCAGAUCGCAGAAAGCAGAACAAAACAGAAAAGGGAGAAGAAGAAAAAUUCGUUUUAGAAUUUUUCUCUUUUCGAUAAUGCACCACCCAAAUGCACAUCUCUAACAUGUGUUGAAAGGAAGGAAGAACAUUGUUGUCGAGAAUCCGUCGAUCUGAUUGCUCCCAAAAGCAUUGUCCCCAAUCUGCUUUGAUUUGGACUUUUGUUCAGUGCAUAAUAUGUGUGUAGUACAACAACAGUGCUGCGGGGGCUCGAAGUGUGAAUGAACAACAAUAUGAAACAGUUAGUGAUUGCCGUGAGAACCCGUGAAUGAAUGGAGCAGAAGAAGGAGUGAUGCUUCGAGUGGAAAGUGAUUUGCCCGUCAUCGGUAGAUUAUGUGGUGCCUUCAAUGCUACGAUCAUUUUCAAGCAUAAUAGCAUUUGCAGAUCUUCAGGCAACAUCUCCGAGUGUCCAGUCGAUUCGUUCGAACACUCCACCGGAGUGGAAAGAAGCUCAAAAUCCACUAUAAUAUGAACCGGACGAGAGCUAACCAUCCGAAGCAUAUGGCCAUCUAAAUUUCACCAGCAUUACAUUCCGCCUAAAGCUGUCCACUCUAACGUACCUGUUCAGUUGCGCCUUGGUAAGCUGGCCGAUGGGAAAAUGCGCCCCGUGAGUUAAAAAGUGUGUCUUCUUAGUGAAUAGUGUUUUAAUCCCGAGUACGACCGUGUGCGUAAAGAAGGAACUUUUAUUGUUUAAUUAUCUUCCGUUCGAGUUUUGAAUGCCACCGUGCUGGAUCUGUAUAAAGCACGGAAAACAGAUACACGGUGCGGUAUAAGGGCGUGGAUGUGCAUAAGCCAUGACGAAGUAUGGGCUCUUUGUUGAAGCCUGCUGGAACAAGGAACUGCAAACAAAAAGUGGUGACCAACAUAUCGGAAACACAAUUUUCGCUCGUGCGUAAUCGUGCAAGAAACAAGGACCUGCAGCAGAUACGUAUGUGCUUGCCGCGUACUGCGAAACGAAAUCACUGCCGCGUACCGAGCGCCGCAAAGCCAGGCAAUAUUUACAGGUUAUAUAGCCAAUCUGCUAGUCGAAGAUUUCAAAGACCCACCACCUCACCCCAAUAGGAAUGAUCGCCAAAAUAGCACAUCCGAAGAUCGGUACAAAAAAUUGGAAACCCAUUGUGUGAGGCCGAACGGAACAACAUACCGGUGGGGGCGCCUGUAUGUUGUCUAUCCAAUUGCUGGGGGAAAAUGUCCUAUAUCCCAACAAUCCAUCCUGGGUGUAUUCCUUGUAACCCUUAUUUGUUACUCCUGUCCGGCAACUCUCGAACACAUCCCGUCUGUCUCGGCAUUGGUCGAGCAUAUCCUUUCCCAAGAUUCAUCCCUUCCACACAAGACGAGACGAGUUGACGUUUAUGACCGUGCACUAUCAGUUGAACGAAACCAUCGUUGUACAUCACAGGAUCAUCGCAGGAGCAAGAACGUAGCGAAGAAAAGAGCAUACUUGCAAGUUAUCGGCAUUAUCAUCGAUCGGCGGUAACAUUGGCGUCGAAGAAGCACAACCACCACCACCACCACCACCAGCAUCGACUCAUCCUUCUACCUGUAUGUUUCGUAGCAAUACUGUUAGACUGUUUUAUAUUGCCUCCUCUAACUGCGUGCGAACCCCAGGUCUCAACUAAUGGUGGCCGUGUUCGUGUUGUUGCUUUGUUGAUACGUAUGUGUAUAUAUGUAUACUAUUUAAUCUAAAGCUUACUGCUAGAUAAUAUAUUUCGCUCCUAUGUAAAAUGUAAGUUUGCAACCGUGCAUUGCGUUGCAUUCGGUAGCACCUUGCGGAGGGCAAUACGAGAUCGAGUUUUAUCCCCCGUUUCGUUUCUCAAGAUGCCGUUUUUGUUGGUGGACGUGAUCCAUUCCACCUCAUCCAGCUGUACUUGUAAGAAUUUAAUUAAAUAAAAAUUUUGGUUCAAAUAA